CUGCUGGAUGACCAUGAAGCUCUGGAUCAUUGUGUUCUGUUUGAUGGGAAUCGCCUGUGAUAUAUUACAGUCCGAACUGGUUUUCCCUUCAGCCAUUGGCUCUUGUGAGAUGUUGUGUUCGUGUGAGGAAAAGGAUGGUAUCUUUAUAAUAAACUGUGAAGAAAGAGACAUCAAGGAGUUAUCUCAAGUACACAUUCCACCAUCCCGGCCUUUCCACCUUAGUCUCCUGAACAAUGGCUUGACCAUGUUACACAUGAAUGACUUCUCCAGCUUUAGCAAUGCUCUCUCGCUCCACCUUGGAUUUAAUAAUAUUGUAGACAUUGAACCUGGAGCAUUUAAUGGGCUAAGCCACCUUAAGCAACUUCACAUCAAUCACAACUCUAUAGAGAUACUGAAAGAGGAUACCUUUCAUGGGCUGGAAAACUUGGAAUUCCUGCAAGCAGACAACAAUUUCAUCACAAUCAUUGAACCGAGUGCCUUCAGCAAGCUCAACAGGCUUAAGGUGCUCAUUUUAAAUGAUAACGCCAUUGAGUUUCUUCCUCCAAACAUAUUCCGCUUUGUGCCAUUAACUCACCUGGAUCUUCGGGGGAACCAGCUGCAGACUUUGCCCUAUGUUGGUUUCUUAGAACAUAUUGGUAGAAUUCUAGACCUUCAGUUGGAAGACAACAAAUGGGUCUGUAAUUGCGACCUACUAGAGUUGAAGGUUUGGUUAGAAAACAUGCCUCCCCAGUCCAUCAUAGGUGACGUUGUAUGCCACAGCCCUCCCAUUCUGAAAGGUAGCAUUUUAAGCAGGUUAAAAAAGGAAUCACUUUGCCCCACGCACCCUACAAAUGACCUUGACUCUCCUUCAGGGUCAUUGCCCUUGGUGGUUACCACCUCAAUCAGUGAUAGCCACUUCUCAACCAAGGUAAUACCUAUUCUUAAAGCCCCCACCAAGGAAUCCAGCAUAAUCCUUCCUGUCACAAAGCCAGCCACUCUGCUUCCUGGGAUCUAUUGCCCUGUCCCCUGUCAGUGUACCAGCCACAUCCUCGCAGGGAUUUUAAUGCAGUGUCAAGAACAAAACAUUGAAAGCUUGUCUGAUUUAGGACCUCCUCCUCCAAAUCCAAAAAAACUUAUUCUGUUGGGGAAUAUUAUCCAGACCUUACUAAAAUCAGACCUUGUGGAGUAUGGGAGUCUAGAAAUUCUUCAUUUGGGAAACAACCGUCUUGAAAUCCUAGAAGAAGGCUCCUUCCUAAACCUCACCAAGCUGCAAAAAUUAUAUCUCAACGGCAAUCAUCUCACGAAGCUCAAUCGCAAUUUGUUUUUGGGCCUGCAGCGACUGGAGUAUUUGUAUCUCGAGUACAAUGCCAUCAAGGAGAUUUCACCGGGGACAUUUAAUCCAAUGCCUAAACUGAAGGUCCUCUGUUUAAACAAUAACCUUCUUCAGACUUUGCCACCCCAUAUUUUUUCCGGAGUUCCUCUAACCAGGCUAAAUCUGAAAAACAACCAAUUUGCACAUUUGCCCAUAGGGAAUGUCUUGGAUGAUCUGGAUCUCCUGGUACAAAUUGAGCUGGAAGACAACCCGUGGGAUUGUACUUGCAACUCGGUCGGGUUGCAGCAGUGGAUACAAAAGCUGAACAAAAAUACAAUGACGGGUGAAAUUUUCUGUACGUCUCCGAGGCAUCUUGUGAAAAAGGAACUUAGAUCUCUGAGCAGCGAUGACUUAUGUCCUGACUUAAUAAACAGCCCAGCCCUCCCGACUCAUGCCAGCUUCAUCAUUGUUACAACGGCAUCAACCACCACGAACACAGCAGACACAAUUCUGAGAUCGCUAACAGACGCUGUCCCUCUCUCAGUUUUAAUACUGGGGCUCUUUGUGUUGUUGAUAACCAUCAUUUUCUGUGCAGCAGGUAUUAUCGUUCUUGUUUUACAUCGGCGGCGAAGGCACAAAAAGAAACAAGCAGAUGAGCAGAUGCGGGACAACAACCCCGUACAGCUUCAGUACAGCAUGUACGGCCACAAGACAACCCACCACACCAGCGAGCGCCCAGCCACGACUUUGUAUGAACAGCGUAUGAUCAGCCCCAUGGUUCAAGUUUAUCGAAGUCCAUCCUUCAGCCCCAAAUGUUCAGAUCAUCAUAAGGUAGAGAGGAGGGAGAAGGACGUGAACAAUUCUAAACACCUCCGCAGGGGACUCUUAGAAAGGGAGCACUCCUCCCCCCUGACAGGGUCAAGUGUCAAAUACAAAGCUACGGACCAGUCACCUGAGUUCCUUUCUUUCCAAGAUGCAAGCACUUUGUACAGGAACAUUCUUGAAAAGGAAAGAGAAUUUCAGCAGCUUGGGAUAACGGAGUAUCUACGGAAAAACAUUGCCCAGCUACACCCUGAUAUGGAAGUACGUUAUCCAGGAGCUCAUGAAGAGCUCAAACUGAUGGAGACACUCAUGUACUCGAGGCCCAGAAAGGUUUUGUUAGAACAGACUAAAAAUGAGUAUUUUGAGCUCAAAGCCAACCUGCAUGCUGAACCUGAUUACCUGGAAGUUUUGGAACAGCAAACAUAAAAAAAACCCCUUUGGAGGGGGUAUUAAAGCAUAAACUCUUCUAUCUUAAGUUGGAACUGUGUAAAUAAAAGUGCCUUAUUAUAAUGUGUCACCAAUCAGAACUCUAAGCACAGCAGUAAUCCUAGUGGAAAUUU